AUAUAGAGAAAAGACGAAACUUUUGCACAUUCGGUUGUGUUGUAGCGGUGCAUAGACGUACAGGCAGCAAAAUUUUCAGUGCCCUCACUGUGAGCGACGAGUUUUCCCUAAUCUUUAACUUUCGACGACUGUGCGGACAAAGGAAAUUUGAUUUGCUUCCUUCAGAGCCGGUAACAAAGCAACUUUAUAAAUCCCAGCUAAUACUACGAAAUCUCGCCGGAAGAAUUCAAAGCUGCUGUGCGUACGAAGCGUAGACACUCAAGAUGGGUAAGGAAAAGACGCAUAUUAAUAUUGUUGUAAUUGGUCACGUCGACUCCGGUAAAUCGACCACAACUGGCCAUUUGAUUUACAAGUGUGGUGGCAUUGACAAGCGUACGAUUGAAAAGUUCGAAAAGGAGGCCCAGGAAAUGGGUAAGGGCUCCUUCAAGUAUGCCUGGGUCUUGGACAAACUGAAGGCGGAGCGUGAGCGUGGCAUAACCAUUGAUAUUGCUUUGUGGAAAUUCGAGACGCAGAAAUACUAUGUGACCAUCAUCGAUGCGCCUGGACAUCGUGAUUUCAUCAAAAAUAUGAUUACCGGUACUUCGCAGGCCGAUUGCGCGGUAUUGAUUGUUGCUGCCGGUACUGGCGAAUUCGAAGCCGGCAUCUCUAAGAAUGGCCAAACGCGUGAACAUGCUCUACUCGCAUUCACGUUGGGCGUCAAGCAAUUGAUUGUUGGCGUUAAUAAGAUGGACUCCACUGAGCCACCGUAUAGCGAGACACGUUAUGAGGAAAUCAAGAAGGAGGUAUCAUCCUACAUCAAGAAGAUCGGCUAUAAUCCGGCGUCGGUGGCAUUCGUACCCAUUUCCGGCUGGCAUGGUGAUAAUAUGCUUGAACCAUCUGAGAAGAUGCCAUGGUUCAAGGGUUGGACUGUGGAGCGCAAGGAGAGCAAAGUGGAGGGCAAGUGUUUGAUUGAUGCGCUGGACGCAAUUAUGCCGCCACAGCGGCCCACCGACAAGCCAUUGCGUCUGCCAUUGCAGGACGUUUACAAGAUUGGCGGUAUCGGUACGGUGCCAGUGGGACGUGUGGAGACUGGUAUACUGAAGCCAGGUAUGGUGGUUAAUUUCGCACCAGUCAAUUUGGUGACUGAAGUCAAGUCUGUGGAAAUGCAUCACGAGGCACUUUCUGAAGCUUUGCCUGGCGAUAAUGUUGGCUUCAAUGUGAAGAACGUUUCGGUAAAGGAGCUGCGACGUGGCUAUGUAGCUGGUGACUCUAAGAAUUGCCCACCCAAGGGUGCUGCCGAUUUUACCGCUCAGGUGAUUGUACUUAAUCAUCCUGGUCAAAUCGCCAACGGCUACACCCCGGUCUUGGAUUGUCACACCGCUCAUAUUGCUUGCAAAUUUUCCGAGAUCAAAGAGAAAUGCGAUCGCCGUACUGGCAAGACCACCGAGACCGAUCCGAAAGCUAUUAAGUCUGGUGAUGCGGCCAUUAUUUUGUUGGUGCCCACUAAGCCGUUAUGCGUUGAAAGUUUCCAAGAGUUUCCGCCGCUCGGACGUUUCGCUGUACGUGAUAUGAGGCAAACGGUCGCGGUGGGGGUCAUAAAGUCGGUCACCUUUAAAGAGACAACCUCGGGUAAAGUCACAAAAGCCGCCGAGAAGGCACAGAAGAAGAAAUAACUAGAGUGCCAGCAGAACGUUAACUCACAACAACAAAUAAUUAUGCAAAUACAGCAAAUAAAAAUACAAUUUGUAUUAUUGUCAUCGCCAUCAAUGUCGUUGUCAUCGGUGUCGUUGGAGUUGUGGUCGUCAUGGUCGUCAUGGUCGUCGUGGUCGUCGUGGUCGUCAAUUCCAACAACUACAGUAGCAGCAACAGCAAAAUUACUACUACAUAAAUCUCAAAAGAAAACAUUUAAUAAGCAUAAAUUUAAAAGAAUAAUACAAUUUACUCUUAUCAAUGAUAUGAAUAUGAAUAUGAUAAGUAAUUAUUAUGAUAGUAAAGCUAUGACAUUCAAUGUGAGCAACAACAUCAACAUCAACAACAACACAAACAACAUAGACAACUACAACAACAACAACAACAACAACUAUAAUAAUAACAUUACCACAAAAAAUAAAUCGCAAAUUUUCCUCAUUAAUCACUACACCUUCUUCACCUACAAAGGACAAACUUUGUGCGUCAACAACCAUACAAACACUAGCAAAAAAUCCAUCUCCAUGCGGAAAUCAUCAGCAAUAACAUCAUUAGCAUCGACCAAUGCCAUGUUGCCCUAUCCCCGAACUUCGAUUGAGUCGUGCGUGAAGGCAUCAUUCCCUAAGCAAGUAGCUAAAAGCAAAAUAAAAGACAUUGAUAACAUGAAAACCAAAAAGAAUUCAAUUACAACACAAACAAAAACAAAAACAAACCAAAUAUCAACAGCAUUCACUACAUCCUCAUCUCCAAUCUUCACAGCGAUUAGGCCAAUCACUUCCACACUAAACGCAACCACAGGCGAAGCAGCUCACCGUCUAGGGUGUAGCAACUCUAAACUGACAUUUUUAUUAUUUUCGAUUAUAUACUAUAUUUACGUCUUUCUUAAUCUAUAUCGUCAUCGUAAAUCCUUUCGCAGGAAAUCGGACUUAAUCGCCGCCCGCGCUAAAAAUAUCGCAAAGCAAUCAUCAAUCGCACGAAAUCACAACAUUUUCGCAUUCAAUAUACGCUUAUACAUUUUAUAAUUAAUAUAUUUAUUCGAAAUCAUAAAUACACGAAUGAUGCGCGUUCGCAGCUUCGCUCAUUCAUCACUAUCCAUCCCUUAUCAUAUACCGGCAUUAUAUUUGUGCUAGUCAUCAUCAAAGUGUACUCUGUAGUUGUACUUACGCAAAUUCAUAAAUUUCCUAUAGCGUUUACUACGUAUUGUACUGUAUUUCAACACCAAACUGUGAGACUCAAUCGAAUUGAAUUCAUUUUGUUAUUAAUUCUUAUAAUUAUUAUUAAGUUUUUUUUUUUUAUAUUAUAUUGUGAAAUCCAAUUCAAGUUGGUAAUACUCGUAAUUUCCUAUCCAACUCAUAAAAGUACACAUGCACACACACACACGCAUAUGCAAGCAACCUCUGACAACAACAACACCAUACAAUUUUAGAAGUUAUCCACACUUUGCAUCCCUCCACCCACAAUCCAUACACAUGGGCAAGCACCCAUUGGAGAAUUAUAUAACAAACUCCGUUAUCGAUGUCCUGGUUGUACCAUAUACAUACAUAAUAUGUAUGUGUGCAAGCGGACCACCCGGCAUUGGAUUACCAUGGCUAAUCUGAUUACCAAAAUGUAAUCAAAAUGAACACGAAAAACACUCGAUAAACUGCAGUGACACAAACAAACACACACACACACACACACACACUUUUAAUGAAACACCCACAUUAAAAAUAAUCACUUGAAUGCAUAAAUGCAAAGCAUGAAUAGACAGUGAAUGUGUACUAUUAAAAUGAAAAACGAAAAAUCCAAAAAUAUAUAUGAAAAUAAAUAAUAAUAAAUGUAAAAGCUGGAGUUGCUUAAAUAAAGAUGAAACAUUUUAAUUGUACGAUUUAA